UGUUGCUAAAAAAAGGUUUUGGAAGUUCCGGUAUUGUAUACUUUGAGUGUCAUGCUAUAUAAAGACUCACCUCAGCAGCAAGAACAUCAGCUGUGAAGACCACAUUGUUACAUCCUGUGCAGAGACAGAACUAGUGUGCUUCUAUUUGACUUACACAGAAAUACCAAGAUACAAUAUGCUUCCCACAAUACAGAGAGCAAUCAGACCAGUGUCCACCCUGUCUGCAGUCAGAAGACUCCAUAACUCUGCACUAGAUGUCAUGGAACAGCCUGCCCCUGAGGAGACUGUAACCAGUAACUUUAGCCGAUUCAUCCAGAGCGUGCAGCCAAGUCAUCUGUCACCAGUCGUACUCCAGAGAAGCAAACGCAUGGUGCUGGACAGCAUUGGUGUAGGGCUGCUGGGUAGCACCACUGAAGUGUUUGACCUGGCACUCCAGCACUGCCAGCAUGUGUACGCUCCCGAUGACAUCAGCUUUGUCUACGGGCGCAGUGGGACCAAACUUUCUCCAACCCUGGCUGCGUUAGUCAACGGAGUAGCAGUUCAUUCUAUGGACUUUGACGAUACCUGGCACCCUGCAACUCAUCCCUCUGGGGCAGUGCUACCUGCUCUCCUUGCUAUUUGUGACAUGUUCCCCAACAACAGCAAGCCAAGCGGUCUGGACCUCCUGAUGGCCUUCAACAUCGGCAUUGAGGUCCAAGGUCGCCUGAUGAGAUUUUCCAAGGAGGCUCACAACAUUCCCAAGAGGUUCCACCCCCCUAGUGUUGUUGGGACACUGGGCAGUGCUGCUGCCUGUGCCCGGCUCCUUUGCCUCAACCAUUCUCAGUGCAGCCAUGCCUUAGCCAUUGCUGCUUCCUUAGCAGGGGCCCCAAUGGCCAAUGCUGCCACUCAGUCCAAGCCUUUGCACAUUGGCAAUGCCUCUCGUCAAGGCCUUGAAGCCGCCCUGCUGGCCUCUCGUGGACUGGAGGCAAGUUCCCUGAUCCUGGAUGCAGUGCCUGGGAUAGCUGGCUUCAGUGCUUUUUAUGAAGACUACACCCCAAGUCCAAUGGUGUCCACUGAAGAGGCGGAGCACACGUUCCUUCUGGAGACACAAGACAUUGCCUUCAAGAGGUUUCCAGCCCAUUUGGGCAUGCACUGGGUCGCUGAUGCUGCUGCCCAUGUCCACAAGGCUUUGCUGGCUCUUUCUGGAGGAAUCAUCUCCCCAAGCUCAGUGCAGGAAAUCCUCCUACGGGUGCCGUGCUCUAAAUAUAUCAAUCGGCCAUUCCCAGAGUCAGAGCACCAGGCACGUCACUCCUUCCAGUUCAAUGCUUGCACAGCACUGCUUGACGGCCAGGUAACAGUGCACUCCUUCCAGCCUGAAGCACUACUGAGGCCAGAGCUUCAUGCCCUGCUCUCCCGUGUCCGAGUAGAGCACCCCCAGGACAACCCAGCCAACUUUAACAGCAUGUAUGGUGAGGUGCAGGUCACUUUGGUAAAUGGCAUUGUGUUACGAGGCCAUUGUGACACCUUCUAUGGCCACUGGAGGAAGCCGCUGAGUGAUGAGAGCCUGCAGGAAAAAUUCCGCAACAACGCCAGUGUAGUGCUGCCACCUGAGAGGGUAGAUGGUAUCGUAGAAGCUGUGGAGGGGUUGGAAUUUCUGUCUGACUGCAAACCACUGCUGGCUCAGCUGCAGUGAACAGUUUAUUUAUGUUAGCCUCAAGCAAUUACUGUAUUUACGAAUGAAUGACACUCAUUUAGAAGUAAAAUGUAUGACUCUUUGUGCUUUAUUUGUCUAAGUAUGGUUUAUUUGCAGAACCUAUUUGUUUUCUUUUUUAAUAAUUUGUUGUCUAUGAAAUGACAGUGUAGCUGUUUUUCUGAAACAGGAGCCCUGAGACAUACAGUGCUGUACUUUACUGAGAAGGGAAAUAAAUUGUAGAUAUCUAUAUUUGUAAACUCUAAUACAUACAACUCUGUUUGGGAGCGCUCUCUUUAUCCUUCGUAUGCAUUUGUUAUUGUGAUAUUAUUUUAGUUGUUUGCAAUAUGACAACAUACAUAUGAAUAAAAUGAAAUAUUUAAAUCCA